AGCCCAGCUCAGCUCAACUUUACGUCGUUACCAAGUAUGCAGAUGCAAGGCCACUCACUUCGUACCUGCUCCUUCCCUUCACUCUGAACUCUGGUGAUUUGAAUGCUAUCGGCUUUAGGAAGAAUAGCGCAGAGCAGAGCUGCCUGGGACUAGAAGACUGCUUAUUGUCUGGGGUAUGAGAUCUCAAGGUUGUGAAGGCUGGCCUAGAGAAGAACAAGGUAUUGACAAAUCUCCCAGGACUUUGGAAGGCUGAAUGGACUAAACAUGAAGAGCCUGAAAGCAAAGUUUCGGAAGAGCGAUACAAACGAGUGGAACAAGAAUGAUGACCGUCUGCUGCAGGCUGUGGAGAACGGAGAUGCUGAGAAGGUGGCCUCACUGCUGGGCAAGAAAGGGGCCAGCGCCACGAAGCAUGACAGCGAGGGCAAGACCGCUUUCCACCUUGCCGCUGCGAAGGGACACGUGGAAUGCCUCAAGGUCAUGGUGACACACGGUGUGGAUGUGACUGCCCAAGAUUCUUCCGGUCACAGUGCUUUGCAUGUCGCAGCCAAGAAUGGCCACCCAGAGUGCAUCAGGAAGCUUCUUCAGUACAAGAGCCCAGCGGAGAACAUUGACAACUCGGGGAAAACAGCUUUGCAUUAUGCAGCGGCACAGGGAUGCCUUCAGGCUGUACAGCUCCUCUGCGAACACAAGAGCCCCAUAAACCUUAAAGACUUGGAUGGGAACAUCCCCCUGCUUGUUGCAGUCCAGAACGGCCACAGUGAGGCCUGCCACUUUCUCCUGGAUCACGGCGCAGAUGUCAAUUCCAGAGACAAAAAUGGAAGAACUGCUCUCAUGCUGGCUUGUGAAACCGGCAGCUCGAACACUGUGGACGCCUUAAUUAAAAAGGGAGCGGACCUGAGCCUUGUCGAUUCUCUCGGACACAAUGCCUUACAUUAUUCCAAACUCUCGGAAAAUGCAGGAAUUCAAAACCUUCUAUUAUCAAAAAUCUCUCAGGAUGCUGAUUUAAAGACUCCAACAAAACCAAAGCAGCAUGACCAAGUCUCUAAAAUAAGCUCAGAACGAAGUGGAACUCCAAAAAAGCGCAAAGCUCCACCACCUCCUAUCAGUCCUACCCAGUUGAGUGAUGUGUCCUCCCCACGAUCAAUAACAUCUACACCACUUUCAGGAAAGGAGUCAGUAUUUUUUGCUGAAGCGCCCUUUAAGGCUGAGAUCAGCUCCAUACAAGAAAACAAAGACAGGCUGAGCGACAGUACUGCAGGUGCUGACAGCUUGUUGGAUAUAAGUUCUGAAGCUGACCAACAAGAUCUUCUUGUCCUGUUGCAAGCAAAAGUCGCUUCCCUUACCUUACACAAUAAGGAGUUACAAGAUAAAUUGCAGGCCAAAUCGCCCAAGGACAAGGAAGCGGAAGCCGACCUAAGCUUUCAGUCUUUCCAUUCGACCCAGACUGACCUGGCCCCAUCCCCGGGCAAAGCUAGUGACAUCCCUUCCUCCGAUGCCAAAUCAUCCCCACCCGUUGAGCAUCCGGCGGGGACGUCCACCACUGACAAUGAUGUCAUAAUCCGGCAGCUCCAAGAUUCCCUGCAUGAUCUGCAGAAGAGAUUGGAGAGCUCCGAAGCAGAGAAGAAACAGCUCCAGGACGAACUCCAGUCACAAAGGACAGACACGCUUUGCUUGAACAACACAGAGAUCUCCGAGAAUGGCUCUGACCUCAGUCAGAAGCUCAAGGAAACCCAGAGCAAGUACGAAGAGGCCAUGAAAGAAGUCCUGAGCGUGCAGAAACAGAUGAAGCUGGGUCUCCUCUCCCAGGAGAGCGCCGAUGGCUACUCGCAUCUCCGGGAGGCGCCAGCUGACGAAGACAUCGACACACUAAAGCAAGACCUGCAGAAAGCGGUGGAAGAAAGUGCAAGGAACAAGGAGCGGGUGCGGGAGUUAGAGACUAAGCUUGCGGAGAAGGAGCAGGCCGAAGCGACUAAGCCACCUGCCGAGGCGUGUGAGGAGCUGAGAAGUUCCUACUGCUCUGUUAUCGAGAAUAUGAAUAAGGAGAAGGCAUUUUUGUUUGAGAAAUAUCAACAGGCCCAAGAAGAGAUCAUGAAACUGAAGGACACGCUAAAAAGUCAGAUGCCACAGGAAGCCCCCGACGACUCUGGGGAUAUGAAAGAGGCCAUGAACAGGAUGAUUGAUGAACUCAAUAAACAGGUGAGCGAGCUGUCACAGCUGUACCGAGAAGCCCAGGCAGAGCUGGAGGAUUACAGGAAGAGGAAAUCUCUGGAAGAUGCAGCCGAGUACAUUCACAAAGCUGAACACGAGAGGCUGAUGCACGUGUCAAACCUGUCCAGGGCCAAGUCGGAAGAAGCGCUGUCGGAGAUGAAGUCUCAGUAUUCCAAAGUGUUGAACGAGUUGACUCAGCUCAAACAGCUGGUGGAUGCACACAAAGAGAACUCCGUGUCCAUCACAGAGCAUUUGCAAGUGAUAACCACGCUGCGGACAACGGCCAAAGAGAUGGAAGAAAAGAUAAGCGCCCUCACAGGGCACCUUGCAAACAAGGAAGCGGAAGUGGCAAAGCUGGAGAAGCAGCUCGCCGAAGAGAAGGCUGCCGUGAGCGACGCGAUGGUCCCCAAGUCUUCCUACGAGAAGCUCCAGGCCUCCUUGGAGAGCGAAGUCAAUGCCUUAGCAACAAAGUUAAAGGAGUCAGUAAGAGAGAGAGAGAAAGCCCAUUCCGAGGUGGCCCAGGUUCGAAGUGAGGUCUCACAGGCGAGAAGGGAAAAGGACAACAUCCAGACUCUCUUGAAAGCCAAAGAGCAGGAAGUAACUGCGCUUGUGCAGAAGUUCCAGCGAGCUCAGGAAGAACUGGCUGGGAUGCGAAGAUGCUCUGAGACCUCGUCGAAGCUGGAGGAGGAUAAAGAUGAAAAGAUAAAUGAAAUGACCAGGGAAGUCCUGAAGCUGAAGGAGGCCCUGAACAGCCUCUCGCAGCUCUCCUACUCCACAAGUUCAUCCAAGAGGCAGAGCCAGCAACUGGACCUGCUACAGCAGCAGGUCAAGCAGCUGCAGAACCAGCUGGCUGAAUGUAAGAAACACCACCAGGAGGUCAUCUCAGUUUACAGAAUGCAUCUUCUAUAUGCCGUUCAGGGCCAAAUGGAUGAAGAUGUCCAGAAGGUCUUGAAGCAGAUCCUCACCAUGUGUAAAAACCAGUCUCAGAAGAAGUAAAAAUGGAUUCUUUGGCAGGACACUUGCCCCUCGUUGCCUCUCUUUGUGUUAGAUCUGGGGUUGUCACUGACCACUGCCAUUGUUCUUAUCCAUAGUGUGCACUGUGACCCAUCGUAGCAUCUUUUCCAGAGGUUUCUGAGGGCUAGUCCCAAGAGAAGAUACCCUCUUCAGAACUGCAUAGGUACUCCAGACCAGCAGAGGUGAAAGACCCUGCUAUCUCUUCAGAAUCUAGCACUGGGAUUGGCACCAUCCCGGUGGCUUUAUGGAGUGAUGUGCUGAAGCCACCAUGCAGUGAGUGGUCCUUGAUCCCUGCCUUUGGGAUGUGCCAUUCAGCACAGGAGAGCAUUUUGCCUUCCAUUCCCCAAAUAUGAUUUAAUUCCUAACCAAACUAAAAUGACACUAGAAGUGAAUGCUUAAGACCCUUUCUCCUGUGGAUUUAAAAACUCUACUCUGUCCCCCCAGCUGCCUUAAAUCUCAUCCCCUUGCUUGUGGUCUCAUCAUUUGAUGAGUAUCAUUAACUAAAGUACAACGUUUUAAGCCAAGAGUGAAGUCUCCUUAAAAGUUUUCAGUAAGUCAACAUACUGUAAAUUUUCUAUGCAAACUUGCCUAGAAAACUUUCCACAAUGCUCAGGAAGUCCAGAUAUUUGUAUUUCAACAAAGGACAGUAAACUAUGUGUUUACAGCCAAAAGACAUGCCUCAUAGUUCUUAACCUCAAUUUUUUAAAAGUGUUUUUUUUCCUCUAUGAUAUUUUUAUUGGCUUUUAAAGAUGUUUUCAUAGCUAAAGCCCUAAGUAAGUGAGAUUAGAUUAUAUUAACAUUAUUUUUAGAUAAACAUACUUAAGACUUCUCAAAAAUGUAACUUUUUCCUCAAAAGUUUUCAGAGGGUAGUUAUAUAUUCCAAACUCAGUAUGAGCUGCCACCAGAACCACUAGGAAUUUCUGUAGUCUACUUCUGAAUGCAGUAAAUACUCCUUUUGCCCGUUGAACUUGUAAACACCUCAAACUCUAGCACCCACGAAUGAUUCCUGAAAGGGCUGUCAGUUCCAGUCAGCUUCUCCAUGUUGAAAGUAAAAGUUCCAACAUGGCACCGCGGUGCAUAGCAGAAACCUCGGGGGAAAUACGCCUACCGACCUUACUUUCAGGUUGAAAAGGUUCAACUUGCUUGCAGCUUCUCUUACAGCCCCCAUGGUGAGGGAGAUAAAUGAAAUAAAGGAACUUUGGGUGUGUUACUAAAGGUAGCGGUCUACUCUGACAGGACCCAUCUGAGGCCACGUGGCUGAGUUGGGUCUGUUCAUCUGUCUUAGGUAACGAUCAAUACCAGCAUGAAUUGGGUCUGUUCAUCUGUCUUAGGUAAUGAUCAAUACCAGCAAAACAAAAGUGGCUUUAGGUUGGUGGUGAUACUUUUCUUAAGUUGUCUGACUACAGUUAAGCAUUUCUCAAAAAUGUCCCCAAAGAAAUGUGAAAGGAUUUGCCACGGGACUUAAGAAAUGACAAAGCCACCUCCCCUUGUGUCCCCACACAGAAAUGCUGCAGAGUGUUUAAAACUUGAGACAUUUUGUAGGACGCCUGACAAAGCGUAGCCUUUUUCUUGUGUCAGGAUGCGUAUUUAUUACAAGUAUUCUGGUUAAAUAUUGAAAAGUUAUAUGCUGUAGUUUAGCAUUUUUUUUGUCUUUGUAAUUUACAGAAAUUAUUGCAGAAAAUAAAUGUGGUUCAUUUUGCA